UCCCCAGGAAAGAGCCCACUGUUCCGCUUCCUCGCCGCUAUAAAUGCCCCUUGCCUGCGGUCUCGGCAUUUCCAUUUUAUCCAGUCCCUUCCCCUCCUCCUGCAUUUUCCCAUCUCUCCUAGGGUUUUCUGUUCUCUCCGCAUCCUCUCUCUUUCCCUCUCUCCGCAACCGGCAGUAAUGGCUCUUGAACUUCAGAACGGAGGCGGCGCCGAUAACGGAGGCUCCAAGGCCGUGGUCUUCUCGGCCGUGAAGCCUCAGCUGUUCGUGGAAGACGGGAAGGCCAACGACGCCGUGCAGUUCUACAAGGCCGCUUUCGGAGCCGAGGAGGUGAGCCGUUCCGUGCAUCCCAAGAGGAAGGCGGACCAGGAGCUCCCUCUCGUCCUCUCCGCCGAACUCCACCUCGGCUCCUACUCCUUCCUCGUCUCCGACCUCGCCCACGACUCCUCUACUCCCGUCAAGACUUCGGGAACAGGAUUCGUCAUCUGCUUGGAGACCGAUGACGUGGAAGCUGCCGUGUCCAAGGCCGUGAGCGCCGGUGCUGUCUCCGAGGGAGAAGUGGCGGAAGGGGACGGCGCGUGCUGCGGUGGGCGCGUGGGGAAAGUGAAGGACCCCUAUGGCUUCGUCUGGAUGAUCUGUUCCCCGGCCGAGAACUGCGCCGACGUGGAGGCUAGAGCCAUGCCUGUGGCGAUCUGAACCGUUUCUGUUCUACUGUUUUCGCCUGUUUUUUGUGUUCAUCUAAUCUGACCGCCUUAUUAUGACAGUGGUAGUAGCAAGUAGUUGUGGAAUCGGCUGUGUUGUUGGUAGUGUCUCGAUUACAGUCGUUCUUUUGGUUGAUUUUGAAAUGAAACGGGGAUGAUCUUAACCAGCAGCUUUCAGUCGUUGACUUUAAUGGAGUAGUAAUGAAAUUACUUUUAGAAGUUUCGUUAA